UCUGGGAAAUUUGUGCUGUUGAACGGAUCGGUGUCAUCUAAAAACUGAACCCUGCAGACAAGCGUGGCCAUGGUGCAUCCAUGCAAGUAUCUCCUCUGAGGGGACAGCCCGGUUUAAUGUGAGCUGUAGCAGCUAUGGCUCGGCUCGCUGGGCGCUCCUCUCCUGCUGGUAACGACAACAAACCCGGGUCGCCAAGUGCGCUCCGGUGCGCAGCCUGUCCUCCCGCAGGACAGAGGUUGGAUACAAGUCCACUAAAUUGGUUCUUCCAAACCCUGGACUUGCUUGAAGAUUGGAUCCCCUCUCAUGAGGACCUGGAGUGGAUGGAGGAGGAGGAGGCAGGAGACAGGCCCAAAUGGGACAACAAAGCCCAGUAUCUGCUCACCUGCGUGGGCUUCUGUGUGGGACUUGGCAACGUUUGGAGGUUCCAUUACCUGUCGAAGCUCAGGAGGAGGUAUUGCGUCCAUGAAUGUCUCAUUCAUUCUUAGUGGGCUUACUACAACACCAUCAUGGCCUGGGUGAUGUGGUACUUCUUCAACUCGUUUCCAGAGCCCGCUGCCAUGGAGCCAGUACAUACUUUGAUUAUGUUGGUCAUCGUUGCGUUUUACUUUUUCACCAAAUUCAGCACCAAACUGAUAUACAACAUCUGGAAUCCAAGCUUGGAAAACUUCCGGGUGUUGGAGACAUUACCCUAUCCCAGCUGGGUCUACAUUAUUAUCUUCGUUUUGGCUG